AUGUCGGUUCAGUUGGGCGUCUCAGGGGAAACCCUGAUCCCCCAGUCGACUGGAUAUGGGAUGCUUAUUGGCUUAGGCAUUGGCUUUUGCGGCGUCAUUCUGGCAGCCGUGAAGGUCCAGAAGGCAUACUUGGCUGAAGACUCGGGCACUUCCGAGAUGUUCAUGGUCGCCAACCGAUCCGUUGGGACAGGGUUGACAGCGUCCGCGGUCUUCUCCUCAUGGAUGUGGAUCAACGAAACAGUCUUUUCGGCGGCAUUUUGCUACAAAUUCGGUUUGGCGGUUCCUUUUUGGUGGUCGACCGGCCUUUGCUUCCAGAUCGCUUUGAUGGCUGCUCUGGGUGUCUUGGCUAAGAUUCGCGUUCCGUAUGCCCAUACCUCGCUCGAGAUCAUUCGAAUGCGAUAUGGCUGGAUUGGUCAUGUUGUAUUCAUUAUCCUAAACAUCACGAACAACGUCUUCGGCUGUGCAGGUAUGAUUCUCACGGGCUCGCAGCUCAUCUAUGGGAUUUCUGGUAUGCAUUUCGUCGCUGCCACAAUCCUCAUUCCACUUGGAGUUGUAUUGUAUACGGCUGUCGGUGGACUCAAAGCCACUUUUAUCACCGACUACCUGCACACCCUCAUUGCUCUGAUUCUCAUCAUCUACUUUACUCUCAAAGUCCUCACCCACGAUGCCGUCGGGGGACUUGGUGGCCUUUAUGACAAGGUUAUGGCUACGGCGUCAGAGAAUAUGAUUGACGGCAAUUACCAAGGAUCUCUUCUCACGAUGAAGUCCAAGGAUGCUAUCAUCUGGGGUUUGAUCUUGAAAUUUGGAAAUUUGGCACUUGUGGUCAUGGACACCGCCUUCUGGCAAAAGUCGUUUGCAACUGAAGUGAAUGCGACCGUCCCCGGAUACAACUUGGCUGCAGUGGCUAUCUUCGGUAUCCCAUGGGGUCUCGGUACCGUCAUUGGCCUCGCUGCAAGAGCGCUGCACAACACUCCAAUUUGGCCUGCUUAUCCACAAGAGUUCACCAUGGCACAAGUCAAUGCCGGAUUGGUUAUGCCGUACACUGUCAAAGCUUUGAUCGGAGAUCAGGGUAUCGACGCCUUUCUCGUCCUGGUCUUCAUGGCACUGACCAGCACGGUCUCGUCGUCAAUGAUUGCGGUUAGCAGUAUCUUGUCAUUCGAUGUCUACAAAACCUACAUCAACCCGAAAGCGUCUGAUAAGAAGCUGGUUCACGUCAGUCAUUUGACUGUUGUCUUCCACGCGUUGUUCAUCACUGCCAUUUCUCUUGCUUUGAACUACGGAGGAGCAGACAUGACAUGGAUCGGUUAUUUCCGCCCUAUCCUUUCUUGCCCGGGCAUUAUUCCGUUGGGAUUGACUCUUUGCUGGUCGGGACAGACGCGUCUUGCAGCAAUUGCGUCCCCGAUUCUCGGCUUUCUUACCGGCUUGGGGAUAUGGCUUGGUACUGCCCACGUCAUAUACGGCGAGAUCACUAUGAAGUCAACGGAAGGCAGCCUGCCGGCUUUGUACGGAGCCAUCGGCUCUUUCUUCUCUCCCGCACUGUACUCGGUCCUCAUUUCUCAGUAUAAACCCGAGAAAUUUGACUGGAGAAGAUUUCUGCUUGUCGAACUUGCAGAAGAAAUUCAGCUAAAGCAAAGUUCGAAAGCUGAGAAGGACGUUGAAGAUGGAAACAAUUCUUCAACUUCAGAAGGACCGAGGCCUGUCUCAUCUGUGCUGAGACCUGAGAAGACAUCAGACCCAGAGCGACAAGCAACUCCUGCAGAGGAUCAGAAGGCAUUGUCCACGAUCUUAUCCAAGGACAUAGCCUCGGCGGGUGCUGUGAACCUCGACGAUGUUCGCCAUCCAUUCGACGAGGACACCAUCAAGCUGCUUUACAAGUGGUACCGCAUUGCCUGGAUUAUGUUCAUCGGUAUUGUACUUGUCACAUUUAUUCUGUGGCCAAUGCCGCUUUACCGCGACUACAUCUUUGAGAAGACUUUCUUCAAGAGCUGGACAACGGUGGCGAUAAUUUGGCAGUUCUUCGCUUUCAUGGCCGUGGUCGUUUACCCUCUUUACGAUGGACGCUAUGAGAUCGCCAGGGGCGCAAAAGGUGUUUGGCACUCGGGCAAGAGUCUUCUUAUAAAGAAGAAUUGA